AUGGCCCAAGUCCCAAGAUCGUCCUCUCGCACCGUACACGGCCGCGCAACGCUCUUGGCCGCGGCGGCGUUGGCCCUUCUCCCCCUUUGCGCUGCUAGCACUCCCAAGCCAAUCUUCUCAACGGAUCUCGCUACUGUCGACACCUGCAUCGACGGGUAUAAUAAUGCAGAGCAGAACCCAACUUCCAAGGACAUCCGGGAUCUGUUCGCCCUAACUCCCGAGCAGUUCUCCAAGUGGAAUCCAUCCGUCAGUCUUGACUGCGAGCUAUGGCUCUACCCGCUACCCUAUUGUGGGUCUACUAGCGACAGAGGGGCCCCCUCCAGGCGACACUACUACUACGACCACCACGUCGAGUAUGGUAACCUCUACUACCUCAAGCUCCCACGUGCCAUCCCCAACGGCUUGGGAGGCCAGAGGCUGCUAUCCUGA